AUGGCCCUCUGGUGGGCGUGCCGCGUGCUGGAGUCGACCCUAAUCGUCCCGCGGAGGCUGGGUCGGGCCCUGCAGUCCCAGGGCCUCCGUGGCACCACGUACCGCUUCCCGUUCGGCGACCUCAAGGAGUUAGCGCGAUUGGCCAUGGCUGCCCGGGCCAAGCCCAUGCCGCCUCUCGCACGACAUCACGCCGCGCGUGAAUCGCCUCUACUACAACGUAAAAUUUCCGUUACCUGGCUCGGUCCGACGCCGAGGGUGAUCGUGAACGACCCCAAGCUGGUGCGGGAGAUCAUGGCCAACAAGUUUGGUCACUUCCAGAAACGCAAGCACACCGGCAUCGUCAGACGGCUCUCCAACGGGCUGGUGAACCACGAGGGUGAGAAAUGGGCCGCGCACCGCAAGAUCAUCAACCCGGCCUUUCACCUCGAGAAGCUCAAGAAAAUGUUCCCUGCGUUUGCUGCGUGCUCAAACGAGCUGAUAACCAGAUGGGUGGGCUACGUGGAGUCUGACGGAGCGAAGGAGAUAGAUGUCUGGCCGGAGUUCCAAAAUCUCACCGGCGACGUGAUCUCGCGCACGGCCUUCGGCAGCAGUUUCGGCGAGGGGAGGAGGAUUUUCGAAAUACAGUGCGAGCAAGUUCAGAAUCUAGUGAAGCUGAUGAACAGCCUGUACCUCCCUGGUUUCAGAUUCCUGCCAACACAGCUAAACAGAAGGAUAAAGGCAAAUGCGCGAGAGCUCCAGGCGCUUCUGAGAGGCAUCGUCAGCAAGCGGGAGAGGGCCAUGAAAGAAGGCCGUGCCAACAACGACGACCUGCUCGGCCUGAUGAUGGAAUCCAACAUUGCCGAGACCAAACAGGCCGGGAACUCCAAGCCAAUCAUGACCAUGGACGACAUCAUCGGGGAGCUGAAGCUGUUCUACUUCGCCGGGAUGGACACCACCGCUGUGCUGCUCACGUGGACGAUGGUCCUCCUGAGUGUGCACCCGGAGUGGCAGCACCGAGCGAGGGAGGAAGUUCAAAGUGUCUUGGGAGACAACCAGCCGGACUUGGACGGCAUACAGCAGCUGAAAAUCGUCAGUACUCGCUCGCCGGCCUGUGCUCUGCUCUGCUCCCACGACUUCUCACGGAAAUGGAAGUCUGACACGGUCGUUUCUGUCCUUGUUUGGUCCUUGCAGGUGACCAUGAUACUGUACGAGGUUCUCAGGCUGUACCCGCCAGUGGUGCAACUGGAUCGGCAGACGUACAAGGAGGUGGAGCUGGGCGGCGUCACGUACCCGCCUGGGGUGCUACUCUCGCUACCGAUCGUCUUCAUUCACCACGACAAGGAUGUGUGGGGAGAGGACGCCGACGAGUUCAGACCGGAGAGGUUCAAGGACGGCAUCUCCAGGGCGUCCAAGGACUCGCCGGCAUUCUUCCCGUUCGGCUGGGGUCCAAGGAUCUGCGUGGGCCAGAGCUUCGCGCUGGUCGAGGCCAAGAUGGCGCUCAGCAGCAUCCUGCAGCACUUCUCCUUCGGUCUCUCGCAGUCCUACACUCACGCACCGUUCCCGGUGUCCACUUUGCAGCCGGAACACGGGGCGCAUAUCAUGCUCAAGAAACUCUAG